AUGACUUCUGAAAAGCAUAUCCAGAUCUUGCUGGAUAGCAUCCACUUCAACAAUAUCCGCAGUGCUAUUCGGACUCGGUCUGUGGCAUGGGACGCACUUGCGAGAUCUUCAGAGAUUAGCGACCUUGAUGCCUCCGUCGCUAAGAAGCUCGAAAGUGUGCUAAUCAAACAUACAGAUGUCAAUCUGACACUUGCCGAGUGUAUUCCUUCUGCAAUUCAUUUAUUAAAGACGGCUCCAAAUGCAGAGGUGAAAAAAUACGUUUACAACUUAUUAUCCGAGUUGUUGUCAUCUCCUCAAUACGCAGAGCCUACUGUGGAAUACUUCGCAAAGAACCCUACUGCUGUUAAGGACCUUUUCAGUGUUUCAAUUAUGGGUGAUGAUCAAUCGGUUUUGAUCUCUUCCUUUAACCUCGUGUCGUUGUUGAUCCAACCAGGCCUCCAGAACGAGAAACUAGUCGCCAAAUUGUUGGCUAGCGAACGUUUCGUCUCAGUCUUGCAAAAUCUUGACCAUAUGGACACCAGUUACGUGUGCAUAAGACUGCUCCAAGAAUUGUGUGCCGUGAGCGAGUAUAGAAGUGUUGUAUGGAAUGCUGAAGAAAAAUACGUUCCAACGUUGUUUUACGUCGUGACAAAGGCAUUGGAGUCUAAUUCUGCCACCAGAGUUGCCCCAACCAACAGCAACAACUUGGCAGUUCAAUUACAAUACUACUCCCUUUUGACUUUAUGGCUUCUAACUUUCGACACGGAGAUUGCCUCCGAACUGGCCACCAAGUAUUUGUCUGAUUUCCUCAAUCUUCUAAAACUUGUGAAGGUCACUAUCAAGGAGAAGAUAUCUCGUUUGUGCAUUGCAAUCAUUUUGAACUGUGUUGCACCUCACGUCAAGUCUCACAAAGUGAUCAUCAGACAACUCCUCUUACUGGGCAACGCCUUACCUGUUUUACAAUCGUUGAGUGAACGUAAAUACUCUGAUGAUGAGCUUCGUAACGACUUGACUUCUCUAAAGGAUAUUUUGGAGGAAACUUACAAGGAAUUGACUUCUUUUGACGAGUAUGUUGCGGAACUAGAUUCGAAGAUGCUGGUAUGGUCUCCACCUCACGUGGACAACGGAUUCUGGUCCGAUAAUGUGGACAAAUUCAAAGACCAAGACUGGAAGCUUUUCAAAAAAUUGGUGCAGCUUUUGAAGGAUGCUAAUAACGAACCUUCUCGCAAGGUGGCUGUCCAGGUCGCACUAAGUGACAUCACGCACAUUGUUGAGCUACUUCCAGAAAGUGUUGAUGUCUUGACCAAGCUGGAUGGUAAAGUGGUCAUCAUGGAACUAUUGAACCAUCCAGAUUCCAAAGUGAAAUACGAGGCCUUGAAGGCUACUCAAGCAUUUGUUGCUCACACUUUCAAAUAG